UGCUAUCUUUGCUUAGAUAUCCAUAACCAAACUAAAAUAAAUAUUAAAUAAACAUGUUUAGUAACACUUUUCGGAUGAAAUUAACAACGAAUCGUCUAAAAUAUGUUUAUAGGCACUUGUCCGCACAUAAGAACGCAAAAAUGCAACACGUAACAAAGCAACAAAACAUGUUACAUUCGAUUAUUGAAAACCUUGGUGGGUCAACAGAACAAAACUGGCAGAAAAUACGGAAAGAGAUCUUAGAACACCAGGACAACAACGGGAAAUAUACGGAGAUGAAUAUAGACUCUAAUGUGAUCACCUGUUGUACAAGUUUAUCAGAGUAUAGCCUGGGUGAAAAUUACUUUAAAUAUUUAUCCACUGAAAAUAGACAACCAAACUUGGCUACUUUAGGAAAUUUUAUGAAAUUGCUAUACUUUAAAAACAGAAGCAAGCUAUCCAAAACCGAAGAAGACUACAUAUUGAAAAUUUUCAGAGAAGUAAGGAAUAAAUAUAAAGUUUUGGACUCAAUUACCUUAAAUAAUUUGGCCUUGGCCGUUUCCUUGACUAAAGAAUGGAGAAAAUGUCUAGAUAUGCUUGUGGAAAUUAAGGUAUCAGAUGUGCCAACAAUUUUAACCUAUAGUGCAGUUAUAGCUGCUGCUUUCUCUCAUAAAGAUGAGGUAACCGCAUUCCAGUUAUUAGAAGAACUUCUGGCGCAAGAUAAAACCCCAUAUAGCAUAGUCUAUGAAGCCUAUUUAAACAAUGUAAGGAGGUUGAGGAAGCGAGAAAACAUAAAACUGAAGCUGGAGCAACUGUUUGAGUUUUUGAGGGAAAAUGAAAUAAUUUGUGGUCAGGAUAUUGUACCUAAUAUCUUGGAACUUUGCGGUGCUAAUGGAACCAAAACAACAGUUAAUUAUAGAGGUGUUUGUGAUCACUGUAAGAAUAAACUAGAGGAGUUGAUAUUGAGCGAUGAAGAAUUCCAUGCCCUUAGAGAGGCUCUGGUUAAAAAAGUGAUUAUAGGAAAGGAUUUGUUUUUGAAGACUAAUCCUGCAGAGUUGGAAAAAUUCAAAAAUUUCAUCCAAAACAUGGGUAAAUUCGAUGUAGUUUUAGAUGGAUUGAAUAUUGCGUAUUCAGCGGGUAACAAAGGUCCAAAUGUAUAUCCGCAAUUGAUCAGGUCGGUUGUUCAACAUUUUGUUGAUAAAAACAAGACUGUAUUAAUGCUCGGUAGAGUACAUAUGACCAAUUGGAAUAAAUAUCAUUGGAACUAUAUCAAGCAGCAUUCAUCAAUUUUCCUCACACAAAACAUUUCACAUGAUGAUCCUUAUUUAUUAUACUGUGCAUUAAAUUCCGGAAAAGAUACCAUAGUGGUAACCAGAGACUUAAUGAGAGGACACAAAUUCCUUUUGGAAAAUUUACGUCUCAAGAAAUUAUUUCAAAGAUGGUUGAGGCAGAGGCAGUACAAUUUGGUAACUGUGAAAGAAAACGGAAGGCCCAUAUUCAGGGCACCGCCGCCUUUUAGCGCAAUCGCACAAAAAGUUAACGAAGUGUGGCACGUACCAAUUGUUUCCUCGACUGAAAGUUCCACUGAUAAUUUCCAUAGUAAAUGGUUGUGUUUAGAUAUUAGAUAAAUAAAGCAUUUGGUCAGUGGAACAUUUUACCUAUUUUUUUUAUAAUGUAUUGUUAAUGUUAAAGUAUGAACCUACUUAUGUUCUUUCAUCUUGAAAUUUACAAGUUGUGGACACAAUGACUGGUGUACGAGUUCAUCAUCGCGUGUUAUUUUCUAUCAAUUUCUCAUUUGUAUCUGCGAUAGCAAUACCCCCAUAUGCUUAUCAAAUAAUAUGGUUGAGUAAAACUUAAUGCUUCUCGAGAG